GAUGAGGUUUUUUAGUAAAGAAGAAGCAUGUAAAUAAUAAAACGUGUUGAAAUUAAUAAUAAACAUUAAUAUUAUAAUGCCCAUAUUUUGUAAAUCCAACUGCGGAAACAAGGCUGUUCUUAAGCGGCCAAAAACGUCCGAUGCUUUGUGCAAAGAAUGUUUCUUUGCUGCCUUCGAGGCAGAAAUUCAUCACACAAUAACUACUAGCAAACUAUUUAAGCAAGGAGAGAAGGUGGCUGUCGCUGCUAGUGGUGGCAAAGAUUCCACAGUAUUGGCACAUGUUUUAAAGCUACUGAAUGAACGCCACAAUUACGGUCUUGAGUUGGUUCUUCUCUCUAUUGAUGAAGGUAUAACAGGAUAUCGUGACGAUAGUUUGGAAACGGUAAAGCAGAAUCGGGAUGACUAUAAAAUGUCUUUGAAAAUUCUUUCAUAUGAGGAACUCUACGGCUGGACAAUGGACAGAAUUGUUGCCCAAAUCGGACGAUCUAACAAUUGUACAUUCUGCGGUGUGUUUAGGCGACAAGCGCUAGAUCGAGGUGCAAAAUUAUUGGAAGUGGACAGUAUAGCAACCGGCCACAAUGCAGAUGAUAUAGCUGAAACUGUCCUAAUGAACAUACUUCGAGGCGACACAGCACGCUUGAGUAGAUGUACCGACAUAAGAACUGGUGGAAGUGAAGAUUCUAUACCAAGAGUAAAGCCUCUUAAGUAUACGUACGAAAAGGAAAUUGUCAUGUAUGCCCACUAUAAGAAACUUGUGUACUUUUCGACUGAAUGCAUAUUUGCUCCAAAUGCAUAUAGAGGACAUGCACGGGCUUUCCUCAAAGAUUUGGAAAAGGUUAGGCCUUCUGUGAUAAUGGAUAUAAUACAUUCGGGCGAACAGCUACGAUUUAAGGAUACAGUUAAGAAACCAAAACGAGGAAUAUGCGAACGUUGUGGGUUUGUGUCAUCACAGCAACCUUGUAAGGCUUGCGUUUUGCUAGAAGGCCUUAACAGAGGCCUACCUAAAUUGGGAAUAGGCAAAAAAUCCAAAGGUGACCGUAUGAUCGCAAAUCAAGAGAAAGAAAUGGCAUUGCGGGAAAAAGCAAAUCUCGUAAAGAAUGACUUUUAGCACAAUAAAAUAUUUAAAAAAAACUAUAUUUUACUUUGCUGCGAAAGUACGUGUUUACAAAUUAAGUAAGGAUUAGUACAUAGCAAUAUCAUGUUCCAUUUUAAA